AUGCUCACCGGCAGCGUCGUCGUAUUCGACCAUCACGGAUCGUUCCGCGACUACGCCGCUCGGCUGGACGUCACCAUCAAGGAUCCGCGCGGCAUCGAGGUGUACACGGCGCGCGGGCGCAGCGAGGCGCAGUUCGACCUGCGCGUGGAGCGCGCGGGGCAGUUCGAGCUGUGCCUGAAGAACCACGGGCACGCGCCCGAGUUCGUCGACGUGGUCGCGGAGUUCGAGGACGCCGCCACGUGGAAGCCGCGCAGCGCCGCCGUCACGGGCACGCCGCCGGGCACCAGCGGCGCGCCAAACAAGGACGAGCUCGCCACUGAUGGGCACAUGGAGGCGCUGUUUGAUCAGAUGUACGAGAUUAAGCACGGGCUGCACCGCAUGAUCGUCGACCAGCGCUUCUUCCGCUCGCAGCUGCACCGCCAGCGAGACACGAUCAUGAACACGCACACGCGAGUGCUGCAGUUUGCAGCGGUGGAGGCGGUGGUGCUGAUCCUGGCGUCCGCCCUGCAGGUGCUCUUCCUGCGUCGCAUGUUCGACAACAGCGCCAAGCGCGGCUCCGGCCUCACCGGCCUCGUCAACCGCCGCAAGAUGUAG